CUGGCUGGCUGGAGGAGGGAGGCGGCCUCCCGGUUUUCUUUUCUGGAGUCCGUCUCGGGCUUCCCCGGAUUGCAGAUUUCCCCGCUUCGCUUUCCCCCUUUUUUUGGGCCACUUCGCGUCGUCCCCGGCGGGCCUGACUACAAAGCCCAUCGCCCACUGCUUGCCCGCCUUUCCUGGGUCGUUCCCCGUCCGGCUGGGCAGGAGGGAUGCUGUGGUCCCUUUCUGCCAUUGCCGGGGAAACCGGGCCGCAUCUAUCUCGAUCCCUGGCCACCAAGGUGUAGUGCAUGGGGAUGAUGGGAAUUGUAGUCCUUUGGAGACACCUGGACGCGGACCCCCGCCCCCCCAAACAGUUUUCAUCGAUACUUAUGUGCAACGCUGUGUUUUGAGGGAAUAAUAAUAAUAUCUUUUUUCUAAAAUUUUAUUUUGUACAAUUCAAGGCAGUGUUAUUUAAUGCUCCUGCUUCCUGUUUUCCCACAACAACAACAACAACCCUGUGAGAUUACCAAUUUCUCAUGUUUUCACAAUGAGACAGGCCUGGGGUCAUUUCUUCCCUACACCUUGUAGUUGAUAGUUUUAGAUGUCGAGACAAUGCUGGUGUAGAUAUGGCAGACAGCAUCAAGAUCUUCCUUAAUGAUCUUAUCAGGGGAAUUAAAGAUUCCAUAUGGGGGAUCUGCACAAUCUCCAAGCUGGAUGCUCGGAUCCAACAGAAAAGGGAAGAGCAGCGGAAAAGAAGAGCAACUAGUGUGCUUGCCCAACGAAGAGCACAAAGCGAAGAGAGGAAGCAAGAGAAUGAACCCAGGAUAGUAAGCCGAAUACUUCAGUGUUGUGCGUGGAACGGAGGUGUAUUUUGGCUUAGCCUCCUUUUGUUCUACCGGGUGUUCAUCCCUCUGCUUCAGUCAGCAACAGCACAUGUAAUUGGGGACCCGUCAUUACAUGGUGAUGUCUGGUCUUGGCUGGAAUUUAUUCUCACCUCCAUCUUCAGUGCCCUUUGGGUCCUCCCCCUCUUUGUGCUCAGCAAAGUGGUCAAUGCCAUUUGGUUUCAGGACAUUGCUGAUCUGGCAUUUGAGGUGUCAGGAAGGAAGCCGCAGCCUUUCCCCAGUGUCAGUAAAAUCAUUGCCGACAUGUUGUUUAACCUCUUACUGCAAGCUCUCUUUCUCAUCCAGGGGAUGAUUGUGAGCCUGUUUCCUAUUGAUAUCAUUGGGCAGUUAAUUAGUCUGCUUCAUAUGUCGCUGCUUUACUCACUGUAUUGCUUUGAGUACCGUUGGUUUAAUAAAGGAAUUGAAAUGCAUCAACGAUUAUCCAACAUUGAAAGGAACUGGCCUUAUUACUUUGGAUUUGGGUUGCCACUGGCCUUUCUCACUGCAAUGCAGUCUUCUUACAUUAUCAGCGGCUGUUUGUUCUCCAUUCUUUUUCCUCUAUUUAUUAUCAGCGCCAAUGAAUCCAAGACACCAGGAAGAGCAUACCACUUCCAGCUACGACUCUUUUCCUUGGUCGUCUUCCUUAGCAACAAGCUAUUUCAUAAGACGGUUUAUUUUCAGUCCAGCCAGAGCAGCUCUUCGUCCGCUGAUCGACUGCCCUCGCCACGCUCCUCACCUGCUCGACUGGCACACUGAACCCCAGAGCAGGAAGGCGGAUGAGAACCGUUGUUUCUGCGAUUCUGAAGUGGGCAGGAAACAGUCUGCCAGGGGUGGGGGUGGGGGUGAGGG